AUGUCCAGCACCGUCCAGACCACCGGCAAGAAGACUCGUUCGGCCAUCGCCGACGUUGUCACCCGCGAGUACACCAUCAACAUGCACAAGAGAAUGCACGGUGUUACUUUCAAGAAGCGCGCUCCUCGUGCCAUCAAGGAGAUCCGCGCCUUCGCUGAGCGGGCUAUGGGCACCAAGGAUGUCCGCCUCGACCCCCAGCUGAACAAGAAGGUCUGGGAAGCCGGUGUCAAGGGCGUUCCUUUCCGCCUCCGUGUCCGCAUCUCCCGCAAGCGUAACGACGAGGAGGGCGCCAAGGAGAGACUCUACUCCUACGUCCAGGCCGUCAACGUCAAGGACGCCAAGGGUCUGCACACCGCUGUUGUUGACGAAUAA